UGUUAAUCACGUGCUGCUAAAAUCGAAAGCAGACUCACAUUCCCCUUGAAUGAGUCGUAGGGGUUAGAGCUGCUCCGUAGACACCAACCACUAAGUCCUUCUCAAACCGCCUGGAUCCAGAUCCAGAUCCAGGAGGAUUAGUUUGGAUGUUUUGGGGUUUUUGCUAAGAUGCGUGGUCUUGUUUUCCUGGUCUCCGCCAUCCUGCUGGCUGGUUGCUCAGGACGAGCCUCGACGGAUGGUGAAUCGGUGAAGAUCCUGACCUCUGCGGGCCAAUCGGUCAUUCUGCCCUGCCACGUCAGUGUCGGCGUCAACGACGACGUCCCGUCGGUAGAGUGGUCCAAGGAGGGUCUGAGACCCAACAUCGCCUUCCUGUAUCGGGACGGCUGUGAGACCUUCUCGGAGAAGAAUCCGGUCUUCAAUUACAGGACAAACCUCAUCAUGGACGAACUGAAAAACGGAAACCUCUCGCUUAGGAUUUCCCCCGUGCAGCUGUCCGAUGCGGGGAAAUACACGUGCAAGGCGAUCCGGGGACGGCCCCGGGACAUUGUUACAGUAGAGCUCUCCGUGGGGGCAGCCUCUGAGCCAAGACUCGCCGUAGUUCCAGCUGCGGGUGGUGGAGUGACUCUACAGUGUGAAGCCGACUGCUGGUUCCCGACGCCUGAGAUAACGCUCGUUGAUGUUCAGGGAAACGUCCUUGAUGGCGAAGAAACAAAGACCAGUCUCAAUUCCAGAACGGGAUGUUACACCGCCACAAGGAGAGCGACUUUACAGACUGCCAACAGGGUCACCUGCAGAGUUCACCAGCCUGAUAUAAACGAGACGAAGGACGCAAAUAUUUACAUACCAGAUGAAUACGUCAGAUCCUGCACUCAAAACACCAUCAUCGCUGUUCUAGUUACCAGUCUCGUAGGUGGAUUAAGCUCAUGUGCAUUAACUGCCUUCCUAUGCAAGAAAUGUGGCCACUCUGUGGGGGGAGGUGAAAUACAAAAACGUCCAACACACAGCAAUCUAGAAGGUCACAACCCGGGUCACCAUGGUGACCACGUUGGAAACGCCUCCACUGAGCAUGUGAUGUCGAACCUUCACGACAGAGAAGAGAUCCGCCGACUGACUGAAGAGGUGAACCACCUCAGAUCUAAACAAUGUGUUGUGUGUCAGCGUGGCCAGCCCACAGUCAACAACAGUCCCUCCAAACAUUCAACAGACGUCUCCGGACCCACUAGCCCUACCCCAGACCCGUCUCCCCCCAGCAACCAUCCAAAAGCAGCGACCUCAGCCAACGGCAACCGUCCAAAACCUGUCAAAAAAGAGUCAAAAUCCGCCGUCUCCAUACAUAUUCCAGCAUCCGGCCCUGAGAUCCAGAGAAGCAGUCCCACUCCUCUGAGAGAUAAAGCUGCUGCCUCUUCAGCUCUUCCUUCAGAUGCAACGCAGGUCGGCCGUUCGAUGAGCAUGUCAGAGCCUCGUCCCGGUCCAAACAGCGCCAAGGUCCAACGUAGAUACUCCACCUCAGGCCUGUCUAACCGCUUCACUCCUCUGGCAAAUCUAUCUGAAGAAGAUGGAGAGCCGUUGCUGUAUGAAAACAAAUCAGAUUGAGAUCUGAUGUUUUCCUCUUUUAGCAAAAUCCCAAACUGAGACCUGAGGUCAAAGCUGAGAGAAGAACUCAGUGAUAUAUUACUUCGUUACAGUCCUGCAUUCAUUCUUUUACUUAAAGAGCCCCUAUUAUGCUUUUUUGCAUUUUUUCUCAGCUUUAGUUUUUUUUGUGUAUGUAAUAGAUGGAAAAAAAGUACAAAAAAACACAUUUCACUCCACAUGGACUUUUCUCUCGCACUGACAGCACUUUUUCCUCAUCUGCCUAAAAACAGCUCAUCCAAAUUCCUCUUUGAAAUUCCUCAAUGAACGAUAUCCCUGAUAGGCCGGAUCCAUCACUUGAAGUGUGUGGUGGUGCUUAUUUUACUGUGUUUGGGACGUAUCUGGGCAACAACCUCUGAAAACCUAGCAACCAGGUUAGAAACUGUAACCACACGCUUUCAAGACAACGCUACGAAAAUGGCCGACGGUGCAGAAAAACCGGCGGGGCCGGUCACUCCCCGAUGUAAGUCGAGUGAAGAUGUGACUUUGUGACAAGUAGCAUACAAUGCUAACGAGAGACUUCUGUUUUGUCAAUGCAGUAAAAAUGGACCUACUGGAUGAAGUUCAUUCACUGCUGGCUACGAGUUAGCAAUCACACACAACCAAGGCUGUCAGUUGAAUGGCGUUUUUGAAAUGACUGCUAGCUUAGCUACAAGCUAGCAAUCACACACAACAAAGGUUGUCAGUUGAAUGGCGUUUUGAACUAACGUUAGCAAUCAAACAAUCAUAGAUAGCGAAAAGGUUUUUCAAAUGAUUUGCAUCUUCUGUUGAUGUUUUUAAUGAAAAAGUUUAUUAUUUCAAGGAUUUCACAAAUUUCAGUAUGACAUGUUAUGUCAUAAACCGUUUAAAUCUGCACUCAACUCACAUCGGCGAGUGACAGGGCCAACUUUGAAUGUUGUUUACAAACCACAAUGGAUAAAUAUUCCUGUUUUUAAAGGUAUAUUAAGUGGUGUUAAUCCAAUACACUUGUUGUCAAAUUCAGUGAAUAUGUCCUCACGGUCACCUACCUCUCUGUUUUCUGUGUUCGCU